UCCACCCCCACCUACCCUCCGCCGCCACCACCACAACUCCCAGCCGCAGCCGGCGACCAUGGCGGAGGAGGCCGCGGCCGAAGGAGCGACGCCUCUUCUCGAGGGCCUCCUGGACGAGAUCGUCCUGUGGGAGAUCCUGGUCCGCCUCGACCCCAAAUCCCUCCUCCGCUGCCGCGCCGUCCGCCGCGCCUGGCGCUGCGCCACCUCCACCCGCCGCUUCCUCCUCGCCCACCACGCCCGCCAACCCGCCUUACCCGUUUUCUCCAGCGGCGGAUGUCAUAACUUUCUCGCCUUGGACCAGCGUGCUGCCCAGCUCCACACCGUCGCUCGGCAUGACGAGCCCUUCUUCCUGGAGGCUUCCUGCGAUGGCCUCCUCCUCUCCAGGUCUUAUUCUGGCUGCCGCCUCGCCCUCUACAACCCGGCCACGCGUGAGCAUGCCUCCCUCAGGUGUCCACCGUGGGGCUUCAACAUCGUGGGGAUGUACCCACACCCACCUACCGGCGAGUACCGGCUGCUGCUGACCAAUUUCUCUGCUCCUGAAGGCCAAACUGGAUGCUAUGUCCUUCCGCUUGGUUCCGACCAGCCACCGAGGUACAUUGGGUGGCUGGAGAUGGUAAAAGUGCUGUGCAUAGAGAUAUCUGCCCUCAUCCGUGAUAGCCUACAUUGGUUCCUACUUGAGCAUAGAAAACAUGUAUUGGUAUUUGACACCACCGCUGAGUCAUUCCGGCACAUGCGUGCUCCACUUGUUCUUGGCGACAGUGACCCUGGCCUGUUUGCGAUGGAUGGCACGCUCGGCAUUGAUUGCCAUAAUGAUGCCAUGGAAAUCAUCACUAUAUGGGUGUUGCAGGAUUAUGAAAGUGAGGUAUGGGACAUAAAGUACCGAAUCAAAUUGCCGGUUGGUGAAAUCAGGAAGAAGUUUGGAGACUAUGGUGAAAGCUGGGGUUUGGGUGUUGGUGUUGUUUCGGGGGAUGGUGACGUGCUCUUGCUGCUCAAUUUUCGUGGGUGGCUGCUUCAAAUUGACAGUGACGGCAAAUUGAUUGAAAGUUCCAAUUGUGGUCAUAGAGACCUGCGGAUAUAUGAAUAUCGGCUCAAACAAAGUCUUGUCCAGCAUGCUUUCUUCCCGGCUCUAAAAAGUUAUGCUAAUAGUGCCUCACUUUUGAUCUAAUGGCAGUUGAGUGAGAUGGUGCUUCUUUCUUCCUAGCUGUCAUAUCCUCAUGAGCUGCACCAUCUAUGGAUUGGACCAAGUAUGAGCCUACUGGCCUCCUCUUUGCUUUGCUUUGCAUUGAUGUAUAUAAGUUAUUAUCAAAGGCUCUGGUUGUAAUGUGGUUGCAUGGAAUCUAUGCUUGUCUUCAUAACCUUUCGGGCUGAAGUGACUAUUGUGUGCGUUGAUGCUAAAAUAAAGAUGUCAUUUUGCUCUGCUUUGGAAAUAUUUGCCUUUGA